GUGAUGCCGAGCGAUGCCGAAGAAGAUCAAAUAAGUAUCCGGGGUCUGAUGUCAGGCAACAGAAAGUAUAAAGGCUGAGAACAAUCGGACUCAUUGAUCCCCCAAUCCGUGUGAGCCCUCGCCCUUUUACGCCCGUCGUUGUCUGUUCACCUUCUUUCUGUUACCUUCUCUUGACAACAUGUCUCGCCAUCGCCUAAGCAUCUCCCUCGGUUCCUCUCGCAGGCGCUCGUUAGCAUCGCGGGGUUCUUACGGUACUCGCCCACAAGGUCAGCCGACUCAGCAGAUAUCGUUCGCACCCAAUGUGACCCCCGUCUCGUACGACCAACCUGAUGAUGACGAUGCUGCGAUGGGUGAUGAAGAUGAAGACUCUAUGUUGUUCCCGGCGAGCACAGAGCCUCGCCCAGAGUCCAAGCGAAAACCCAAGUCAAAGGACCCCAAUCACAUCCCACGCCCCGCUAACGCAUUCAUGCUCUUCCGUGCUGACUUUGUGCGCCAAAAGCACGUCCCUGGUAGCAUCGAAACGAAUCACGGGAGCUUAUCUAAAAUCAUUGGCGGCAUCUGGCACGGCUUACCUCUUAACGAGAAGAAAAAAUGGGAAGCCCGUGCGCGGCAAGAGAAAGCUCGCCAUAAAAAACAAUAUCCUACUUAUCAGUUCCGCCCCGUACACAAUAAGAACAAGAAGGGUAAGACCAAGUCCACCAAGAGCAAGAAGAAGGCGGCGCCUAAGCAGCGCCCAGUUGAGGUUGACGAGAAGCGCUGUCAGGACGUUGCUUCACUCUUGCUCGAUGGGAAGAAGGGUGAUGAACUCGCCGAGGCUGUGCGUCAAUUGGAUCAGACGCGGCUCGCUCUGGGACUGGUUAGUCGUAGGAGUUCGAGCGUCCCGCCUGAACUUGACUUGGCGGGCGGUCCUAUCCAACUUCCGUCCCUUCUGUCUUCGGAUUCUCUUCCUCGUCGUCCUUCUUCGACUCAACCAUUUGUUUACCUUCCUUACCCGCCUCCGGUAUUCGAGUCGAACUAUCUACCGCCUGCCCUACCCGAAGUUAACACGUCUCUCUUCUCCUCCCUUAACCCCUUCGCCGCUACUUGUCCUCCGCCUCCAUCCUUCCAUCAUGUGUCAGUCUCUCCGUUCGAGCAAGUCGAUUACGUGGGUCCAUUCGACUAUCCUCCUCCGUCGUUGGCUCCCUCCUCGGUUUAUUCUUCCUCGCAAGGCUCAUCCCAAGGCAGUUCCUCCCAAGCUUCUUCUCCAGGCCCUGAGGAGUUGCCGGUUUACGCUCCCCAGCCUCAGAUGCCAGCCUUCGGAUGGAUGCCUAAAGAGCAGAGAAUGUCUCUUGCAGACAUACAUGACGUGACCAUGGUGCCUCAAGAGACGCGCCUCUCCAUUUCGUCGCACUUUGGACGAUCUUGGGAGGAUAUUAGUGACGAGUGGUCGAGGAUGGCUGUCACUGGCGGCAGGUUUUCGUUGAGCGAUAUCCUGUUUAGCGCUGAGGAUAUGUCGAUGGGUGCCGUACCUGAUUUCGGUGAAUUUGGCAAUAAUUAAACGCACAAGGACUUUUUUCCCUCUUCUUUUCAUGUGUUCAUCCUUGCUUUCAAUUGCUGUUCUUGUUAUAGCAUAUCUAUCCGCUACAUCUUAUAUGUAUCCAUAGCUUUUCCGCUCACCUCACCCUAACCCUGUAGCCUCCGAAACGUAUCUAUAUCUAUCCUAGAUCCUGUUUAUUGGCCUGGAUGGCCUUCACUGUAUUCAAACGUUGACUUUGGAAUGAAAAUCGAUGCGUAUCGCACUGCCUUGGAACGAUUAUGUGUCUAAUCUUAGGGUUGCUAAGUAGGAUUGAAUGAACGUGUAUAAAAAAUGUUACGAAAGAGGUAUAAAUUACGGGACCUACGGGCAUGACGUCGACCCAGACACUAUCGAUCUUUGGCAGCCGAGCUAAGUAUGUUUCAUUAGAGUCAUCUAUAUCAUUUAUGCCACUUUUGAA